AAAUUCAAUAAACUGCAGUAGAUGAAUGUUAUUGUUCAAUAUGUUCAGAGUCGUUACCAUAUUUGCCCUUUUUGCGGUUUUUGACAGAGGGUGCUGGGCAACUAGCUAUAGGUUUCCCGACAAUUUCUUGUUUGGCUCUGCAACAUCAGCAUACCAAAUUGAAGGGGCAUGGAACGAAAGUGGGAAGGGUGAAAGCACCUGGGAUAGGCAUACUCAUACCCAUCCAGAAAUGAUCAUUGACGGAAGCAAUGGUGACAUAGCAUGCGAUUCUUAUCAUAAAUACGAAGAGGAUAUCGAACUUCUUAAAUAUUUAGGAGUAGAUUUUUAUAGAUUUUCUUUAUCGUGGACAAGAAUCUUCCCAAGUGGAUUUCCAGACGAUAUUAAUUACGAAGGCAUCAAUCACUACAACAAGAUCCUAAAUUUACUUGUAGCUAAUAAUAUUACGGCUAUGGUUACUCUGUUUCAUUGGGAUCUUCCACAAGGCCUUAUGGCGGUAGGAGGAAUGCUCAAUCCUAGGUUUGUCACCUUCUAUACUGAAUACGCAAGAACGGCUUUUGAACAUUUUGGCGAUCGAGUUCAAUAUUGGUUAACUUUUAAUGAACCUUUUCAAACUUGUGUGUUUGCGUAUGGAGAUUUAAUGUUGGCUCCUGCACUAGGAAUCUCAGGGAUUGCGGACUAUCUCUGUGGACAUAAUCUACUGAAAGCUCAUGCAGCGGUUUAUCAUUUAUACAAUACGACAUACAGACCAAAAUUUAAAGGUAAAAUUGGUAUCUCAAUAAGUGCUGACUGGUUUGAACCAAAUACUACGGAUGAUGAGGUAGCUGCAGAAAGAAUACGGCAAUUUUGGUAUGGUAUGUACAUUCAACCAGUUUUUUCAUCUAAAGGGGAUUAUCCUGAUGUUGUAAAAGAAUAUAUUGCUUAUCAUAGUUCUUUAGAAGGUUAUAAACAAUCGAGGCUUCCACAGUUUACUCCGGAUGAAAUAAACUACAUAAAAGGAACUUAUGAUUUUAUGGGUUUAAAUCACUAUAGUACGUAUAUGGCUAGCGAAGCUCCAAACAUUAGUCUGGAAACAUCUUACUACAAUGAUUAUCAGGUCAGCCUAUCGUCUGCUGGCGAUUCGAUAGCGAAUGAUUCCAACGGUUUACUUGAGAUUGUACCGUGGGGUUUUAGAAAAUUGUUGGUAUGGUUGAAAGAUACGUAUGAUGAUCCUGACAUCUUUGUGACAGAAAAUGGGAUAAAUGACUUGGAUGACGUCAUUGACGACAAAAGGAGAAUUUCAUAUUAUGGCCAAUAUCUUGAAGCUCUCUUGGAAGCCAUUUAUAUUGAUAAUGUCAACGUUAUUGCCUACACGAUUUGGAGUUUAAUGGAUAAUUAUGAAUGGUAUUUAGGAUAUACAUCUAAAUAUGGAAUUUAUUAUGUAAAUUUUUCUGAUCCUGACCGGCCUAGAAUUCCAAAGUCGUCAGCACAUUUCAUUAGAAACGUAUUUGGAAAUAGAACAGUAGUGAGUUACGACAAAGUUGAUUAAAGAUGGUAACUGCUUCAUAAGAUUCAAAUAAUAUCUGUAUAUUACAAUAUGCUUCUAGAUGUCAGUUUUCCUCAAGAUAAAUACACUUAUAUUUUAUUUAUUUGUCAUUCAACCAAUUACUUACAAGACAAAUAAAGUAACACUAGAUAGAGGAAA